AUGUACCGUUCAAUUUCCCCUUUACUGGACAAGUCCUCCUUCGCGACCAAGCGCCGUGUCAUCCUUCCGAUCCACCCGACCCCCAACUUCCCCGCGCACUACAUCAAAGCUGCCUUCACCACCGACCCCCUCAAGGAGAAGCAGAAGGCCCGGUUUUCCUCCGGCGGGGACGCGAUGCGGGAGGUCCAGGACAUCCCGAAGAACCUCGAGGGCGCGCGCUCCCGCGAGGAGCUGGCGGGCCGCGGGGAUGUCGAGUUCGAGGCCCUCGUGGAAUUCCUCCGAGGGGCCUCGUACGACCAGAUGAUCUCCGGCAGGCGCUUUCAGAAGCUUUACACGGCCCUGUCCGGAAAUGAUGACGUCUUCGUGUGGCUUUGCCAUACCGCGAUGGCCGUGCUCAACCCCGGGGAGGCCCGUUCUCGCCUGGUUUACCAACACCUCAAGGCCCUCGCGGAGGCGGUGGCGAGUGGGGAGAUGACCCAACGCACCGCGUUUCGUUUUUAUGAGUCCGCCGUGCGCAGCCCUGCCUAUCGCGCGAUCGCCGCGCGGCAGUUGGAAAACGGCGCGGCCACCCGCCUCGCCGGUAUUAGCGCCGCCGCGGAUGUGAUGCGGGAGAUGGGGCUCACGCGGAGGCCCAUGUCGUCGUACUUUGAGCUCUAUCAGCGCAUCGUCGAGCGGAGCGAGGUGAUGACGCCAUGGGGCUUCCCGCCACUCUUUCAGUUCGAAGAACGCCUUUCCUUGGAGCCACGGCUGAAGUUUUUCUCUAGAACCGCACAGCAGCAGCUGGAGCAGCGCCGCCGGGGAACCAUCUUUUCCCCGCACACAAUCUUACAAAAGAGGCGAAUCUUUUGGAUUCCACCAACGUGGCAUCGAAGCGGGAGGUACCUCGGGCCGCACGUGAAUCUUUACCCUGGCCUGACGCCUGACUAA